GAGGGAGUCACUGAGAGAGAGAUCCAGUUAUUUCUGAGAAGAGACAGCCUCUUCCAGGAAGAAAGUGGCCUCCACCUACCUGCCUUGAUCCUGAGAUCCUUCUGUGAAUGAAGAGGAACAUAAAAAAAAAAAAAGACAGCUUGGUGUCACAGUGGUUUAGAAAGAGAAGGGAAUUGCUUCUUCAGCGCAAGGUACAGUGCAUAUUGCUGCUCUUCUUGCUACUGCAGUUUCUGCUCCUCAGCUCCGCUGGCCAGCUGGUUGGUGUUGUUUGGGAAUGCAGCCAGCUGAGGACUGGAGAACUUUGCUUUGAAGUUUCAGAUGAUGAUCCUUCUCUUAAAGACAGCAAGGAGUUCCACCUAAAUAGGAGGAGCACAGCAUGCAGCUGCCCGGAGCGUGUUGAUUGAAAACUUAGAUUGCUCCCAAAUCACAGUUGAUUUGACCGGUGUCUCAGCUCGAUCAAAGGAAAGAUUUCAAUUAAGGUCCCUUUAGAUGGAAUUUAAUACUGCAAAAACCUUGUCGUCAGAAGGAUUAAUGCCUGCAUUAGCAUCUCUUCAAUAAAAUCAGAAGCUAAGUGGUGGAGGCCACAGACACUUCAAACCUGGAUUCUACAGUUCGGCAUUAAGGGCUGGAGUUUGUUUUCCUCUGCCGAAGGAAAACCUUUGCCAAUGCUUACAAGGAACUGCUUAUCCCUUCUUCUCUGGGUCCUGUUUCAUGGAGGCCUCCUAACACCGCUGAAGCCACUGCCACCACAGACGUCGGCCGCAGAUUCGAGGGAAAAUGUGAUCGCCAUGUCAGGUCGCCCACUCCCUGCCCAGCGAGUCAAACGUGGCUGGGUUUGGAACCAGUUUUUUGUACUGGAAGAAUACAUGGGCUCCGAACCCCAGUAUGUGGGGAAGCUUCAUUCGGACUUAGACAAGGGAGUGGGCAGUGUGAAGUACACUCUGUCAGGGGACGGAGCUGGCACGAUUUUCACCAUCGAUGAGACCACGGGAGACAUUCAUGCCAUCAGGAGCCUCGAUCGAGAAGAGAAGCCUUUCUACACACUCCGGGCUCAGGCAGUGGACAUAGAUACCCGGAAACCCCUGGAGCCCGAAUCGGAAUUCAUCAUCAAAGUUCAGGACAUUAACGAUAACGAGCCAAAGUUCUUGGAUGGACCUUACGUAGCCAGUGUCCCGGAAAUGUCACCAGUGGGUGCGUAUGUGCUCCAGGUGAAAGCUAUGGAUGCAGAUGAUCCUACUUAUGGGAACAGUGCCAGAGUGGUUUACAGCAUCCUUCAGGGACAACCUUAUUUCUCGAUUGAUCCUAAGACAGGUAUAAUAAGAACAGCUUUGCCAAACAUGGACAGGGAAGUCAAAGAACAAUAUCAAGUGCUCAUCCAAGCCAAGGACAUGGGAGGACAACUAGGAGGUUUAGCAGGAACCACUACUGUCAAUAUCACACUCACGGACGUCAACGACAAUCCACCUAGAUUCCCGAAAAGUAUCUUCCACUUAAAAGUCCCUGAAUCUUCUCCAGUUGGCUCAGCUAUUGGAAGAAUCCGAGCAGUGGAUCCAGAUUUGGGGAAAAAUGCUGAAAUUGAAUACAACAUUGUUCCAGGAGAUGGGGGAAAUUUGUUUGACAUCAUCACGGAUGAGAACACCCAAGAAGGAGUUAUCAAGUUGAAAAAGCCCCUGGAUUUUGAGACGAAAAAGGCAUACACUUUCAAAGUAGAAGCCUCCAACCUUCAUCUGGAUCAUCGCUUCCUCUCAGUGGGGCCCUUCAGAGACACAGCCACCGUGAAGAUCAGUAUAUUGGACAUAGAGGAGCCACCCGUAUUCAGCAAGGCUCUAUACACCAUGGAGGUUUACGAAGAUACUCCCGUGGGCACCAUCAUUGGAGCUGUGACUGCCCAGGACCUCGACCUUGGCAACAGUGCUGUUCGGUACUUCCUGGAUUGGAAGAAUGAUGGGGACAGCUAUUUUAUGAUAGAUGCAACUGAAGGAACUAUUGCCACCAAUGAAUUACUGGACAGAGAAAGUGCCUCCCAGUAUAAUUUCUCUAUCAUUGCAAGUAAAGUUAGUAACCCAUUAUUAACCAGCAAGGUCAAUGUCCUCAUCAGUGUCCUAGAUGUUAAUGAAUUCCCUCCAGAAAUUUUUGUGCCAUAUGAGACCACUGUGUGUGAAAAUGCCAAGCCUGGACAGGUGAUUCAGUUAAUCAGUGCUGCUGAUCGCGAUCUUUCACCUGCUGGACAACUAUUUUCCUUCAGAUUGUCCCCCGAGGCCACGCUAAAACCAAAUUUUACAGUCCAUGACUAUAGAAACAACACAGCGGGAGUCGAAACCAGAAGAAAUGGAUACAGUCGCAGGAAACAAGAGCUCUACUUCCUCCCAGUUGUAAUAGAAGACAGCAGCUACCCUGUCCAGAGCAGCACUAAUACGAUGACUAUUCGAGUCUGUCGAUGUGAUUCCGAUGGAACCCUUCUCUCCUGCAAUGUAGAAGCAAUCUUUCUCCCUGUAGGACUCAGCACUGGAGCUUUGAUUGCCAUUUUACUGUGCAUCAUUAUACUCCUAGCCAUUGUGAUACUGUAUGUUGCCCUCCGAAGGCAAAAGAAGAAAGACACCCUGAUGACCUCUAAGGAAGACAUCAGGGAUAAUGUCAUCCACUAUGACGAUGAAGGAGGAGGAGAGGAGGACACCCAGGCAUUUGACAUCGGUGCUCUGAGAAAUCCCAAAGUGAUAGAAGAAAACGGAAUGCGCAGGGAUAUAAAACCAGAGCCUCUGUGUUUGUCUCACCGGAGACCACCAGUCGAAGACAACACAGACAUAAGAGAUUUCAUUCAUCAGCGGCUACAGGAAAAUGAUAUGGAUGUUUCUGCCCCUCCUUAUGAUUCUCUAGCAACCUAUGCCUAUGAAGGAAAUGGAUCCAUAGCUGAGUCCCUCAGCUCUAUAGACUCCCUUGCUACAGACACAGACCAGGAUUAUGAUUUUCUGGUUGACUGGGGACCCCGCUUUAAAGUCCUGGCAGACAUGUUUGGAGAAGAAGAAAGUUAUAACCCUGAUAAAGACACUUAGACGGAGAGAGAAUAAAAUGAAACAUAGAGAAAAAAUUUUAAAAAAUGAAAGAAAAAAACAAGCUUUAUGAGACAAGAUUCCUUUGAAUAUCUUGUUCCAACAAGUUACUAUAUUUAUCAUACUGUCAAUAUGUAUUUUUUUUCAUUUUUUUGUUACUUUGGAAUUGUACUGAGACAAGCUCAGGCCUAUUAGAUACAAUUUACUGACGUGACAACUGAGAAAGAAGAUAAGCUUUUCUGGCAUCGUGGUGGAAGAGUGGUAGAUUUUUCUAAAUUCCACUGAAGUGCCUACUGAAACUUCUCUCAUCUGAAGGGGUGCCCCAGUACAUUAUGCUGGCGUGGCACUAUGGGAUUCAAAGAUUUUAAACCAAGACCAUAAAGCAAAGACAUUGACUAUCUGUCAAGGAGCAAUAGCAACCUGCCGACUUCUGA